UUUGGUGGUUGUGUUUGUUAUUGAUUGAUUAGUUGAUUGAUUGAUUGAUUGUGAUUGUGAUUUUUGAAAUAUAAACACAAAACACGCACACAAGUGAGAGAGAGAGAGAGGUGACGAAAAAAGAAAAAAAUUUUGUUAAACGAAAAAAUUGUUUGUUUUUUGCACAUUUUGUCAUUGGAAUACGUACUUGAAAAUAAAUAAUUUUGGAUAAACAAAAAAAUGAAAUUCGAAGAAGCAGCCGAAGCGGUUAAAAAUCUUAAACAACGUCCAACCGAUAAUGAAUUAUUGGAAUUAUAUGGUUAUUAUAAACAGGCAACCAUUGGUGAUUGUAAUACAGAAAGACCAGGAUUAUUUGAUCCAAAAGGUCGAUAUAAAUGGGAUGAAUGGAAUAAAUUGAAAGGAAUGUCAAAAGAACAAGCAUCCGCAAAAUAUAUCGAAAUUGUGGAAAAAUUAAUGGCAAAAUAUCGAUGAUCAUUGAUUCGAACAAAUGAUUCGAAUACCGGGGGCGGAAUUCGAAUGUCAAAGAAAACUUUCCAGGAAAAAAUUUAGAAAAAAACUUU